UCUCGCGAUAAGGCCCGAGAGGCUGCGCGUCAGGCUCGGUGGCAGCGCGUUCGCGGCUCAUGUUUGAACCGAAAGCGAGAAUUUCUCGGGUUUAGGUCCUGAAUUCGGGCUCGGCGGCCGGUCCGGACUCCCCGGCAGUCAUGAGGCGCAGUAAGGCGGACGUGGAGCGCUACAUCUCUUCGGUGCAGAGCCUCUCUCCCGCUCAGACGGAGAAACCCGUGAAAGGAUUUCUGUUUGCCAAGUUGUACUUCGAGGCGAAGGAGUAUGAGCUUGCUAAGAGACACGUGUCGGCUUAUUUAACCGUGCAGGUCAGAGACCCCAAAGCCCACAGGUUCCUCGGCCAGCUCUACGAAAGAGAGGGUGAAGUUGAAAAAGCUGUAGGAUGUUACAAGCGUUCGGUGGAUCUGAAUCCGGCUCAGAGAGACUUGGUCCUGAAGGUGGCUGAGCUCCUGUGCAGUAAACCUGAACUCGACAGCCGAGCGGAAUUCUGGGUGGAGAAAGCUGCCAAACUUUUACCUGGUCAUCCGGCCGUCUUCGACCUCAGGGAGAAGCUGCUGAGCGCGAAGGGACAGCAGGGCUGGAACCAGCUGUACGACCUGCUGCAGUCGGAGCUGCAGCUGCGCCCGUCCGACGCCCACGUCAACAGCAAGCUGGUGCAGCUCUACUGCUCAGACGGGCGCUUGGAGGACGCGGCCAAGCACUGUCUGUCUGUGGAGAGAUCGGGAGCGUUGAGACACAGCCUGGACUGGCACGCCACCGCCAUCCACACCAUUCAGGAAUACUUGGCACAGCCAAGCGUGUCUUCUAACGAGAAACUGUGCCGCAAGUUUCGAAAGGAGCUCCUGCUGGCUCACUGCAACCUGCUGAGGCUCACGCUCUCGGAGAAAGGAUGCCAGGAAAGCGUGGACGCCCUUCAGACUUUUGACCACGUUAUGCAGUCCCUAAAAACAUCUGCCCUGACCGCAGCAGACGAGCUCUCGGAGGUCUUCGUGGAAAUGAGAGCUCAUCUGUAUCUGUAUGCUGGGACCCUCCUGUUGAAGAUGGCCUUGGAGAAGGAGCAGCAGUGGAGAGCCGUCGUUCAUUUAGCAGCCUUUUGUUACCUUCUGGCUUUCCAGGCUCCCAGACCAAAGCCAAAGCCUGAGAAAGGUGACCUGGCACAACCGAAACCUCUAGAGUCGUUAGCCUGUUACCGUCAAAGCCAAGCAGGCCACAUGCUGCUGAAUCUGAAUCAGGAGCCGGAGCACUUAAUAAAGGAGGUGGUGGAGGUGUUUGGGAACAGGAGUGGGCAGGAAAGUCUGGUGGAGAUGCUCUUCAGCGUUCAAGGCCCUUCCAGCCGCUCGUUCAUUGGAAACGAUUCUAUAGGUGGCAUCAGUACCCAGACACCAGAUAUACAAGAACUUGCCAAGUGUGGCAGUGGUUCAGUCCUGCAUUACGGGGAUCUGCAGUACCUAACUUGGCUGGGCUUGCAGUGGUCAAUGUUGGGCGAGCGGCCAGCCCUGAAAGACUGGCUUAAGCAGCUCUAUCCUCGUCUCACUUUGGAGACCUUCAAACUGGACACCAACACUCCGGAGUCGAUCUGUCUGCUGGACCUCGAGGUGUUUUUAUUUGGUGUGGUGUUCACAAGUCACUCUCAGCUACAAGAGACUGCGAAGAUUUCUGCCGGCUCCCAGAUGCACGAGCCGCGAUGCUUGCCUUUGCAGCUCAUGAAGCUCUUGACGUCGGAGAGACAGAGCGAGUGGUGGGACGCAGUCUACAGCCUCAUUCAUAAAAAAGCACUUCCUAAUAUGUCUGCAAAACUGCGAAUGGUUGUCCAGCAUGGCCUGAACACACUGCGGGCAGGAGAGAAACAUGGCCUUCAGCCUGCACUGCUCAUCCACUGGGCCAGGCACCUCAGCAUAACGGGUGAUGGCGUAAAUUCCUACUAUGACCAGAAAGAGUACAUUGGCCGUAGUGUCCACUACUGGAAUGUUGUUCUUCCCCUGCUGGAGAAAAUUGAGAAGAGGCGCAGCAUCGCUGAACCCCUCGAUCCCAUGUUUAAGCAUUUUAGGAGUAAAGACAUACAGGGUUCUGAAGUCAAAGGGUAUGAAGAGGAAGCCCUGAUCGCUUUUGCCACUCUGCUCGACAUCGAGGGCAAAACUGAUCAGGCCAUUUUAAAGCUUGAGAAGCUCAACAGCGUCUCUUCACAUUGGCACCUUGCUCGGAUCUAUCAGAGGCUUUCUGAGGAGGCGGGAAACGGUGUUGAAGAAACUCAAGAUAUGUGUGUGAACUUUCUCCGGCAGUUCAAGAAGUACCUAUCAAAGAUCUACCACGCCAGUGCAGAUGAUAUGGAGAAGCUGCCUGUGUCAAUGGAGGAAGUUAUGGAUUUGCUGAAUGAUGUCAAUCAGCAGCUUGGAGAGAGUGGAGAGGGUUUGGACGGAGUUGACGGAGGGCUUCCAAUGACCUCGAGCCCAAGAUCUCUCGCAGAUCCAGCUGUGGCUGCUUCUCACAAACUGUCCAUGUCAUCCCCAGCCAAGAGUGUUCUCUCCCCCUCCAAAAGACCAGUGUUUUCUCCCAAGACUCCCCCUCAUUGGGUGGAAGAUCAGAAGUCACUCUUGAAGAUGCUCUGCGAACAAGUCGAGGCUUUAAAGAAUGAGGUUCAUGACCUGAGGCGCAACGCGUCCGAGACGACAGACUCUCCGUAUAACAGAGCGUAUCCAGGAAAUUUCCCGGCAGAAGCCCUGCAGGAGCCCUUUCCGGCUACACAGCCAUUUCAUGGAGCACCACUUACAGUUGCCACUACAGGCCCUUCAGUGUACUACAAUCAGUCCCCUGCGUAUAAUUCACAGUACCUUCUACGCCCUGCUGCUAAUGUAACGCCAACAAAGGCACCAGUCUACGGAGUGAAUCGCCUCCCUCAGCAACAUAUGUAUGCCUACCAACAACCAACACACACCCCACCUCUUCAAACAGCGUCAUGCAUAUAUUCACAAGACCAGGUCUUCAGUACCCCUCUUAGAUUUGAGUCACCUGCCACAUCCUUACUCUCUCCUUACAGUGAAGAAUUCUGUGGUCAUAAUGUUUCUCAGUCUUCGACCAAUCCAACAUUGCCAGAGCCUGGAUACUUCACUAAGCCCCCCGUCAUACCUGCCCAGUCCUAUAAGAGCAAUGAAGGCAAAUCAUCUGACUUGAAGAUGAGCUUCAGCUCACAGGUUCCUGUUGAAACUCCAAAGGUUCCUUCUUUUGCUAGUGGGCCUACGCAGACAAAUCCAACAGGAACUGCUUUCAAGUUCAAUUCAAAUUUUAAAUCUAAUGACGGGGACUUUACCUUCUCAUCGACAAAUGGGAAGAACAGCGAAAGCCUUUUGGGGCUUCUGACUUCAGAUAUUCCACCAAGAACUGAUGCACAUUCAACACUGAAGCCUCAAACACAAGACCAGCCAGCUAGCAACACUGGAAUCUUUACUUUCAGGGUCAAAACUUCCUCAGGAUUUACAUUUACUGAUGGUCCCCAGGCUAAAACAAAUCUUUUUGGAAGACCUGACCAACCAUAUGGCUUUGCAAGUAUGACCAAGCAAGGAUCUGGGACAGGAAACACGGAGGAAAAUGAUGAGAAAUGUGCAGAAAGUGAUGACAGCACCCAUGUUGAAGAGGAUGAGGAUGGACCCCAUUUUGAGCCCAUUGUGCCUCUGCCAGACAAGGUUGAUGUGAAAACGGGUGAGGAAGAGGAAGAAGAGAUGUUCUGUAACAGGGCGAAAUUGUUCAGAUUCGAGGCUGAAGCAAAAGAAUGGAAGGAAAGAGGAAUUGGAAGCAUCAAAAUCCUGAAACACAAAACCUCUGGGAAAUUUCGGGUGUUGAUGAGAAGGGAGCAAGUUCUGAAAAUCUGUGCAAAUCAUUACAUCACAGCGGACAUGGCUUUGAAACCAAACGCUGGGUCUGAUAAGUCGUGGGUGUGGCAUGCAAUCGACUAUGCUGAUGAAAUGCCGAAGACCGAACAGCUGGCUAUUCGCUUCAAAACAGCAGAUGAAGCAGCUUUAUUCAAACUAAAAUUUGUGGAGGCUCAGAGAGCUCUUCAGUCUCUGCAAAUACAAGAUCAGUCGAAGGAAAGUUACUCCAAGUCCUCUGCUCCUCAGGAGACCGGCCGAAAGGUGGAUUUAAAAACUCAGUUUGCAAAGAAGGAAGGCGAAUGGGACUGCACCGUCUGCUGUGUAAGAAAUGGCCCAUCAUCUAAGACUUGUGUGGCGUGUCAGAGUCCCAAUCCUGAUCCUUCAAAAUCUGAAGCUAAACCGGCAGAUGGAUUCAGAAAUGCCCCCACUGUGACUCCCUCUGCAGGCACAUUCACCUUUGGACUUAGUGGCAAGGAUACCAGUUCUGAAACCAGUUUUAAAGGAUUUGGAGAUCAGAUUCCAUUUUCUUUUAAAUUUGGAACACAAGCAACCGCGGCACCAUCCGGUCAGAGUGACAAAACGUCUGGUCAGUGGGAAGCUUCAGCAGAUAGUUUUGUGUCGGAAAAGUGUCUGACUCCCUCUGUGCAGGCGGUAAGCAACUCUUCAAGUGUUGCGCCGACAGGUUUCUCGUUUGGACCUGGACUUGAUCAGUUUGCCAAGAAACCUGGGCAGUGGGAUUGUGAUGCCUGCUUAGUCAGGAAUGAUGCAGCUGCCACGAAGUGCAUUUCCUGCCAGACUCCGUGUAGCACUGCGAAAAGUCAGGGUGGUCUGGCCAUGUUUGGUAAAAAAGAAGGACAGUGGGAUUGUGAAACUUGCCUGGUAAGAAAUGAAGGUACAUCCAGUCACUGUGUGUCAUGCCAGGAACCUAAAGUAAGUGCAAAAAGCUCUUUAGCCGCACCAGCAUCUUCUUCCUUCAGCUUUAGUUUCAGCAGUAAGGAUAACCAGCCUGCCGCUACUGGGUUUAAAGCCAACUUUGAUGCUAGUAGCACUUUCCAGUUUGGACAGAGUAAGAAAGAAACACCGGCAGCUUUUAAAUUUGAGUCUUCUGCGGCUCAGGUUGAAACAUCUUCAAGCACUUUCUCUUUCUCAUUGCCAGCAUCUGCCAGUGCAUUUAAGUUUGGUCUUAAGGAACCAGAAUCAACGGCAGCAGUUAGUCAAGCACCGAGUGGAUCUGCCUCAAGUUUUCUGAAAAAUAUUGCGGAACAACACAGAGAGAAAGACAAAGAGGCAGCCUCUUCUACUCAGUCUCCGGCCACAACUAGUAAUGACGACAAUCCGCUCCUUACAGGAAAGCAGAACACCUUCAGUUUUGCAGACUUGGCGAUGUCUUCACAAGGUAACUUUCAGUUUGGGCAGACGGAUCCCAGUUUUACAGGCUUCGCAGGAGCUGGUGAGCAGCUUUUCACUUCAUUUCGGGAAGGCCAAAAGGCAGACACUUCUAUUGAUCAAGACGAGGAAGACAUGUACAAAACCGACGAAAACGAUGAUAUCCAGUUUGAACCUGUGGUUAAGAUGCCUGAGAAAGUUGAACUUGUUACAGGGGAAGAGGACGAGGAAUGUCUUUACACAAACCGUGUUAAACUCUUCAGGUUCGAUUGUGAAACUCAGCAGUGGAAGGAAAGAGGAGUCGGGAACCUUAAAAUUCUAAAAAAUAAUAAAAACGGCAGACUUAGAGUUCUUAUGCGGAGAGAGCAAGUGUUGAAGGUGUGUGCUAAUCACUGGAUCACUACCACAAUGAACUUGAAGCCCCUUGCUGGGUCAGAUCGUGCCUGGAUGUGGCAAGCUAGCGACUUUUCAGAUGGAGAUGCCAGGUUUGAACAGUUGGCUGCCAAGUUCAAAACCCCAGAACUUGCAGCAGAUUUCAAGCAAAAGUUUGAGGAAUGUCAGCGACUCCUCCUGGACAUUCCUCUACAGACGCCUCACAAGCUUGCAAAUUCCAGUAGAACGGCGCAUCUCAUACAGAAAGCAGAGGAGAUGAAAUCUGGUCUCAAAGACCUCAAGUCAUUCUUGACUUAUGAUGGGAUUAAAAGCAAGGGUGAAGAAGGCAGUGCCACCAUUGCAAAUGACACCUCUGAGCUAAUAAUCAAGCCACACUCUGAGAGCACCGGAUCUACUUUGGAAUGGGACAACUACGAUUUGCAGAAAGACGUUCAUGAUGAAAGUGCAGACACGUCCGUCUAUGCGUCUCCACUGGCUAGUAGCCCACUGCAAAAAAGUUUGUUCCGCUUUGGAGAAUCGUCUGCUGGGUUUAGCUUCAGUUUCCAGCCUGUUCUUAGUCCUUCAAAAUCCCCAGCUAAGCUAAACCAAAGCAGAACUUCUGUUGGCACAGAUGAUGAACAAGAAACGACCCAAGAAGAGGAGCGAGACGGACAGUACUUUGAGCCAGUUGUGCCUUUGCCUGAUCUUGUUGAGAUUUCAACUGGGGAAGAGAACGAGCAGGUGGUGUUCAGUCACAGAGCCAAGUUAUAUCGGUACGAUAAAGACCUUAGCCAGUGGAAGGAGAGAGGCAUCGGGGACCUCAAAAUUUUACAAAACUACGAUACCAAGCGCUCACGGCUUGUGAUGAGACGAGACCAGGUCCUCAAACUGUGCGCAAACCACUGGAUAACUUCAGAUAUGAAGCUGGAGCCGAUGAAAGGAGCUGAAAAGGCAUGGAUCUGGAGCGCUUUUGACUUUGCCGAAGGAGAAGCGAAGGUUGAGCAGUUAGCUGUGCGUUUCAAAUUGCUGGAAACAGCAAAUACUUUUAAGGAAUUGUUUGACAAAGCCAAGGACGCCCAAGAGAAGAAAAUUCUCCUUGCGACGACUUCUCCUAGAGAACCCUUGACCUCGGAGACCAUUUGUGGGAAAGCUGCCAUUGCCGUGCUUGAGGAAACCACCAGGCUAACUACUGAGCAGCCUUCUGAAGACUGUCAUACGCCGAGUGGGAAAAGUCCUCACAGUCCGCAGAGCUCCUCUAAAAUGGUGGUCUCCCCCCCGAAGUUUGUCUUUGGAACAGACUCUGUACAGAAAAUCUUUGGAAGCCCACGGUCUUCGACAGAGAUGGUCCCUGCGAUUGCUGCUGGUUCUAAAGACAAGGCGUCAAGUAGCACCUCUGACCCCAAAACGUCUGGAAGCAGUUCAGUUUCGGGUGUAACUCCAUUCAGAGUACCAGAAAGAGGAUUGGAUUUUAGGCUUUUUAAAGAUAACCCUAUGGCUUUUUGGACGUGUACAUCAGCCACCCAAUUUGACACUCAAGUUCCUUCUUGCCCUCAGCCAGCUGUAAGAGAUGCUGGAGACCAGAGUGACUCCGACAUUGAAAUUGUAUUUGAACGACGGCCGACUAAGGAGCAGGUGGAUCUAGCCCGGAAGUUGAUGCUACCACCUGCAUUCUUCACUUACAAAAACGAGCCAGGAUACGUCAGCGACGACACCGAUGAUGAAGACUAUGAAACUGCUGUGAGGAGCCUGAAAGGAAAGCUGUACCCUGAUUCUCCCACACGGCACGACGCUCGGGCCAGUGGAGGUGUGAAAGACCCUGACUGUGUGCUGGUUUGGGAGAAGAAACCGACGCUGGAGGAGGAGAGACGAGCCAAGAGCCUUCAGCUCCCUCCCACCUUCUUCUGUGGGGCUGGUAGUGAUACGGACACCGAGCCUGACAGGCCAGAGGAUUUUGGAACGGAGCUACGAAAGGUGCAGCAGGCUCAGAGUGAACUAAAUGGCCAGAAGGGGGCGGCGUCCUCUAACGAAAGCCUCCCUAAGAGCAGUGACGCCAGCGCAGAAAUCAGGGCUUCCUCAGUCCAGACUGCCAUCGCUGAUAAUGGCUGCCCCAUUGAUCUCUCCACCAAGAGCCAUGAAGCAGAAGCACCAGCUGACUCUAUCAUCAUUCAGGAUGCUCCUCCUGCUUUUACGUUUGGCUCUACAGGUGGAUUUUCGUUUGCAGACUUGGCAAAGAAUUCGGGUGAAUUUGCCUUUGGGACAAAAGAUUCAAACUUCUCUUGGGCGAACGCUGGAGCUGCCGUCUUUAGCAGCGCCACGACAACACGGAAUGAGGAUGAGGAGGAGGGCAGCGAUGAUGAUGCUUCUAACAGUACAGACAUCCAUUUUGAGCCUGUUGUUUCCCUGCCAGAGGUUGAGGUGAAGUCUGGUGAGGAGGACGAGGAGAUCCUCUUCAAAGAGAGGACGAAGCUGUACAGAUGGGACCGUGAUUUGAACCAGUGGAAAGAGCGCGGCGUCGGCGACAUAAAGAUCCUCUUCCAUCCAGUAAAGAAGUUGUACCGCGUGCUCAUGAGGCGCGAGCAGGUCUUGAAGGUCUGCGCCAACCACACCAUCACCAUGGCCAUGGAGCUCAAACCAAUGAACACCUCUGCCAACGCGCUGGUCUGGACAGCUAACGACUACGCAGAAGGGGACGCUAAGGUGGAGCAGCUUGCUGCCAAGUUCAAAACCCCUGAACUCGCCGAGUCCUUCAAGAAAGCCUUCAUGGACUGUCAGAAGCGCUUGAGCCAGGCCGACGUCUCCCAGUCCUCCAGAGCGGCGGAGCUUUCUAGAGCGAGUAACCCUGUGGUCUUCUUCACUGUUGCUGCUGACGGUGAGGUUAUUGGGAAGAUCACCAUGGAGCUGUUCGCCCACAUCGUCCCGAAAACCGCAGAAAACUUCAGAGCUUUGUGCACGGGAGAGAAAGGCUUCGGAUACCGCAACUCGGUUUUCCACAGGAUAAUCCCGGAUUUCAUGUGUCAGGGAGGUGACAUUACCAACCAGGACGGCACUGGGGGAAAGUCCAUCUACGGGGGCAAGUUUGAGGACGAGACCUUCGACGUGAGGCACACCGGGCCGGGCCUGCUGUCCAUGGCCAACCACGGCAGAGACACCAACAACUCCCAGUUCUUCAUCACCCUCAAAAAGGCAGAGCACUUGGACUUCAAGCACGUUGCGUUCGGCUUCGUCAAAGACGGCAUGGACGUGCUGAAGCGGAUGGGAGAGCUCGGAUCUAAAAGCGGCAAACCCAGCAAAACCCUCACAGUGGUGGACUGUGGACAGCUGUGAUUCUGCUCUCCGGCCGGUCGCUUCAGAGGUUCUUUCAUGUUCUGCCUGCGUCUCUGUGGUUCCUCAGCUGUGAGUCCCUCCUGGUCAGGCGUGUCGGGAGGGAUGACCAAAGCGGAUCAUUCUGAAGCCUCUUUCUCGAUUGCGGUGGGUCGUAUUUUUGUUUGUUUGUUUGUGAAGGAGCUGUUGAUCUUCACUCCGACUGACGGGAAUGCUGAGUGAAAAACUACAGCUUUCUGUCUCUGAUGGUCUGUUGAGUAACUCGGAUGUGAAGACGGUGUUGCAGAGCGAAACCUUCCCACUGAUCCACGCCCACCUCAUCAGCGCCGCUGACCCCAACAGUGUAAUUAGGUCCAGCUCCAGGGUUUAUAGCGUUUCCGUCUGCAUGGAUUAUUAAACGUUUGGGAGAUGAUCCUUGGUUUAACAGCAGAUUAAUCAUAGCUUAUUCCUUCACUGCUUGACCUUCAUCCCAGUGAUUUUCCUCUAAAAUGUGCAGGGAAUUCCCAAAUCCCAGGACUGUGUAAUAGAAACUCUGCUGAUUAGGUUCUUUUCCAUUCACACAGUGGAAAUUCCAGCGUGGUAAACAGUGACUGGGUGUGUUUUUACUCUGUAUAGAGUUCUGGUAAUUCUGCUUUUUUACAGCGUUUAAAUGAUUGUGAUUCUACAUUUUUUCCCUUUUUGCCUAUUAAAAGUUCAGUGUUUAUCGAG